CUGCCUUUUGUUUCAGGCUGUUCCAGAAUGAACCGAGCCAUAGCCACCUGCUGCAUAUUCCUGCUUCUCUCUACAUUCCUGUGCGACCAGGUGAUGUCCAAAGGUGGCAGAGGAGGUGCCAGGGGUUCUGCUCGGGGUUCUGCCAGAGGGUCUAUCCGAGGCAGUGCGCACGGAGGACGCACAUCCCGUAUCGGUGGAUCGUCCUCUGUGAGGGUGGCAGGAGCGGCUGCAGCUGGCGCUGCAGUAGCACUGGGAGCUGGAGGAUGGUACGCUUCAGCCCAACGCAAACCAGAUGACAGCUCCGAGCAUGGGGACGAUUAUUACAGCAACAGAACAGACUGGGAACUUUACCUCGCCCAAACCUCUAGCGCAGUGACUCAGGAUUUCACAUAUAGUGGACUGUUCUCAUUACUACUGCCAGUAAACUUUCUGCUUCCUUGAGGGUAGAAUCAGAAGCUUUGAGAGCUUGAAUAGAUAAAGUUUACUGUGCAUUGUGUAUUCCUAUUAUUUUUUAAUACAAUGUACGGUGUUGCACUUCAUAAAGAAAAUUGGUAUUAGAAAUUGUAGACUGACACACACCACCUAUACAAGCUUUUGGCAGGACUUAACUGGUUUACAUACAUAUGUUUCAGCAGGAAUGGUAGAAAAGAAAUAUGAGUCUAAAUCAAAUGAGUAGG